UUCUGAAAAAGCCACGUGCAAAAGCUUUGUCCCUCAUCUCCAACACAUUCAAAGCCGAGAAUACAGUCAUGAUCCGAAACUCCGAAUCCUCUUCACAUUCCCUUUUACUUUAAACUAAUCUGAAAUCCUGAAAAAAACCAAAGGGGUCCCUCCCAUUUACUGUUAAACUCUCAAAGUAAAUUUGCAUCCUUAAGCAAUCAGAUAAGAUCCAAAACAAAAGCAAAGAACCCUCAUUUGUUUUAGUUAGAUCUGCAAAAAAAAAGCUGAGAAAUGGGGAGAAUGGAGUAUUUGGCUAUGAAAACUGAUCCUGUAGCUGAAGAAUUGAUCAGUUCUGAUAUCCAUGACCUGAAGCUGGCUGCAAAGAAACUAAUCAAGGAUGCAACUAAGCUUGGAGGUCUUGGUUUUGGAACUUCUUUUCUCAAAUGGGUUGCUUCAUUUUCGGCUAUUUAUUUGUUAAUCCUGGACCGAACAAACUGGAGAACGAACAUGUUAACUUCUCUUCUGGUACCUUACAUCUUCUUUAGUCUUCCUUCAGUACUGUUCGACUUUCUAAGGGGAGAGGUUGGAAAAUGGAUUGCAUUCAUUGCAGUUGUUCUAAGGCUGUUCUUCCCCCGACACUUUCCAGAUUGGCUGGAGAUGCCAGGAUCGUUGAUCCUUCUUCUGGUGGUGGCUCCAAACUUCUUUGCAGUCACCUUGAAGGGCAGCUGGGUUGGAGUUCUGAUAUGCCUCCUCAUCGGCUGUUACCUACUGCAAGAGCACAUCCGAGCAUCGGGUGGAUUCCGGAAUUCCUUCACUCAGAGCCAUGGAAUAUCAAACACCAUCGGCAUUAUCCUUCUUAUAGUCUACCCUGUCUGGUCGCUGGUGCUUCACUUCGUCUAGGCACACACUCGGUACAAUGCUGAAUUGUUGCUGCUCUGCUAAACUUGAACAAAAACUAUUAUUAGUAUUUUUUAAUGUCAUGAUUUCUAAUGUUCAUUGUCCAUGUGUCAAAGCCUUCAUAAAUAUCCAAUAAUUUAAUUUGUUAAGUAUAUUUUCUUAUGAAGGAAAAUAAUUUGUAUUUCUAUUUUGCUAUAUUUAGUUGGAAAAUUUGU